AUGACCACCACGCAAGGAACCGAACAACCACAAGAUUUGAAAGUCAAUCUCAAGACAAUCACAGCAGAAGACCUAUUGUCUAGAAGAGCUAAUAUGGUGGAGCUUUUCAACUUGUUGGACGACAGUAGCAGAACCGAAUUGUUUCUUGGUUCGUCAGAAGACCGCGAAAAGAAACUGGCUUCUCUGAGGAAAAGGCUUCAAUCGGUACAACAAGAAGUUGAGACUUUGAAAUCAGAAUCAGAUUAA